GGCGGCUCAUGACAGGCGGGGAGGGGGAAGGAAGAAGUGGAAGCCGCGGAUCCAUCUUCAAGAGAAAAUAGGAAAGAGACCGCGUUUCCACCAGUUUUAUUUCGUUUUUUUUAGCGGCAUCUUUCCUUGUAAAUACGUGUCAGGGAGCCCGAGGUGGGGGCUGUGUCAUUGUCUGUAGGAUGUCCCGACAUGAAGGUGUGAGCUGUGACGCGUGUUUAAAAGGGAACUUCAGGGGGCGCCGAUACAAGUGUUUAAUUUGCUACGACUACGACCUGUGUGCGUCGUGUUACGAAAGUGGAGCCACUACGACACGACACACCACGGAACACCCCAUGCAGUGCAUACUAACCAGGGUAGACUUUGAUCUGUAUUACGGCGGCGAGGCGUUUUCUGUAGAGCAGCCCCAGUCGUUUACUUGUCCCUACUGUGGCAAAAUGGGUUACACAGAAACGUCUCUACAGGAACACGUCACCUCUGAGCAUGCAGAGACUACCACAGAGGUGAUCUGCCCCAUAUGUGCAGCUUUGCCCGGAGGCGACCCCAAUCAUGUGACGGACGACUUCGCUGCUCAUCUCACACUUGAACACAGAGCACCAAGAGAUAUAGAUGAGAGCAGCGGGGUGCGGCACGUGCGCCGGAUGUUUCACCCUGGGCGUGGGCUGGGCGGCCCUCGGGCACGGAGGACUAACAUGCACUUUACCAGCAGCUCCACUGGGGGGCUCUCAUCCUCACAAAGCUCCUCUUACUCCCCGAGCAAUCGGGAAGCCAUGGACCCUAUAGCAGAGCUGCUGUCUCAGUUGUCAGGCGUUCGACGCUCUGCGGGCGGUCAGCUGAACCCUUCAGGCCCUUCGGCCUCGCAACUACAGCAGUUGCAGAUGCAGUUGCAACUGGAGCGGCAGCAGGCGCAGGCAGCGCGGCAGCAACUGGAAACGGCACGCAACGCCACGCGUCAGCGCAGCAACGCGAGCAACAUCAGCGCCAGCGUGCCACCACCUAGCACCGCGACAAACACAGCCAUAACCGAGAAUAACCCCAUGGCCUCCCACAGCUCCCAGUUCCUCCUCACACGGUUGAAUGAGCCGAAGAUGUCGGAGGUGGAGCGUCAGGCUCUGGAGAGCGAGCGCGCCGACCGGAGCCUGUUUGUGCAGGAGCUGCUGCUGUCCACGCUGAUGCGCGAGGAGAGCUCCUCCUCCGACGAGGACGAGCGGCGAGACUUCGCGGAUUUCGGCGCCAUGGGCUGCGUGGAGAUCAUGCCCUUGGACGUGGCACUGGAGAGCCUGAAUCUGAAGGAAAGCUCUGCAGGCAAAGAGCCUCCACCUCCUCCUCUUUGAUGAUAUCCCACCACCACGCAGACAAUGUCCUCUGUGCUGUAACUGCCAAUGACGGUGGGCAAACACACAGCUCUCACUUUGUUCUGUUUUUUUUGUUUGUUUUGUUUUUGUUUAUUUUUUUUAAAUAAUUUUAUUUUUACUUUUUUUUUUUCUUUUCUUUUUUUCUCUCGGUGAUUUUCAGGUCUGUCACCUGUUACAUUGUAAAAAUCCAUCAAGAGCGAGAAUGAGAACGCGAGUGAAAGUGAGAGAGAGCGAAAGAGAGAGCGGAUAGAGAAAGAGAAAAAGAACAAGUGUGUGAAAGAUAGUAGCGAGCGCGCAAGAGACAAUGAAAGUGUAUGGUGUGUGGGUGUGUGUGUGUGUGUGUUGAUAAUCAGUUCCACAUGACUAAUUUUUUUUCCUUUAGCAGGUGAGCGUAGGUAGCUGUGGCAGACCUUCAGCUUCCUGUGUCUAACAAAAAAAAAAAAAAAGAGGCUCUCCUUAUAUAAAUACUCCACAUUCUAAAACUGAAGACAGAGUCCUUCUCUAAUGAAGCUGCUGUGUGUAUUUAUGAAUAGUAAUUAAUAAAAAGUGCUUGGAUGGUUUACCAUAACUACUGCAUGAGGUUAUUUGCAGUGUGCAUGAUUUUUAAUGACAUUGUCAUUAAAAUGGCAAAAAAUCCCAAAGCGUUCUUUAAUUUUUUUUUUUAUUAUUAUUUUUUUUAAUUUUUUUUUUUUUAAUUUUAUUAUUAUUAAUAUUAUUUUUUAAAGAGUUACUUGAACUGAAAAAAAAAGUGUUUUGAAUUUAUGGAAUAUUAUAGAAUCAGAAUUUAUUUAACUAUUUUAUAAAAGCAAAUGCGGGGGACAAAAAAAUAAAUAAAUUGGAAAUCUGCAGUAGCUUCAUAAUAAAACAAACGCAUCUGCCCUCGCUUUCAGGCAAAAACCCAUGAUAACCUUGAUAACCAGUGCUGCAAAAAAAUUAAAAACACAAUGAAAGAAGAAAAAAAAAAGAGGGAAAAAUAUACAAGUUAAUCAAUAGUCUUUAUUUUUUUAUUAUUUUUUUUUUGCCAAGAACUAAACAAAAAUCUAUAACAGGCGAAAAUAUAACCUGCCUCCUGUUUCUGUUCUGGGUGUUUUUUAAUUUAAGUUUAUUUUAAUUUUUUUGGUUUUGUUUUGCUCUGUUUUUUGUUUUUUAAAGACCAUUGAUGUUUUCGUGACAACUGUGUAAUCACCAGAUGUACUUUCUAACUUUUUUUUGCACCUGUACAGAACAGUUAGACUCUCCAUGCUUCAUCUUGCUCUGCUUCCUCCAAUAGCGCCUGCUGCUCCCGAACGAAUCCUCUGAGCCGGAGUGCUGAUAGACCAUCAGUUUUAAUGGGGUUUUUUUUUUUUUGCUUCCCUUUUGGCCGAUUAAAAUCACUGUACACAGGAGGAAUCUGCGUCUGCAUCAGCGUUCCUACUCA